GCGUGCGGGGCGGGUCGGUUACGAAGCGCAUUCACAACAACAAAAAUGCGCUCUAGUAGCAGCUACUAGCGGCAGCAACGUUGGCCCAAACGAAACCAGCCGGACUCAAACGUAAAUCUUACGCGAAGCCAGCCAGACUUGUCUCUGUGGCAGCAGCGGAGCACUGAGUUUGGAGUUUGGAGAUCUCUUCUCGGGGGCAAGAUCUGUACCACACGAUCAACGUUGAGGGAGAGAGCCCCGGUCCGGUCUUGCUCUCGUGAAACGGUUGGACCCCGUACGCGCAUUCCGCGAUCGCGUUAGUCACCUGUGAACGCUCCGAUCCGACGCACCGCGGCGGAUAUUGUACCAAGUCGAAGUUACGGAUCUCCACGCGCGCGCGCGAAGCUUGCGAACUUGAUUAGAACGGGAAACAUAUACGAAAGCUAAUUAGUGCGACGAAACAUUUGGGAUAUUUAGUGACCGGUUCUGUGAUCUUGAAGGUUAAGGUUCUGGGAGUACUUGAUACGGUGUAGAAGCAGUGACUAGUGUUCAGCAACCAAAACAACUAGGGUGCCAGCGCGCGCUCGCUCGCUCGGAGUAGAAAGUGUGCUUCGCGAAGAAAGUGCCGUUAGAUUUUUGCGCCGUUGAAGAACGUGGAUCGCCGUACGCUGCUGGUUGAAGGAAACCGCAGCAGACCAGCAGUCAUCAAUUCUGGUUCACGUAUUUUAAGCGUAGUGUGUAGUGAUAAUCAGUUGACAUAAAUCAACGGGUUUCGGGAGUUGACUCACGUGGGCUAGGGGGUAACCGCAAAGACCUGCAUGAUGUCGAAUAUGGGAACCUAACCUCCAGUAAGUGGACUGCGCGAAGAAAUCACCACAAUUCAGUUACAACAAGUCGAUAGUGAUGAUCGUCGGUGAUCAGCCGAUAAUUCGGUAAUUCCUGAAAUCAUUUUGAUGAAGCGUUUACAUAAAUAUCAUCAAUUGUGAGGCGCCGUACACACACUAUCCCCAAUUCCCGAGCCCUGGGGUGGGAUCUUCAAGUCUUUUCCCCACAACUGGGAGUCGACCUACUUCAACGGCCGAUCCACAGCUGGGUGUGUAGAGAGCAUAAUAGAGAGAUCUACCACGAUCGGCGAGUGAAACAGAGUGCAACUAAAACAUACACGCCGUGGAGCCCCUGAAACCUGAGCCGAGGCAGUUUUGUCCGUGGAGAAGUUGAUAAUAAAAAAAUAUAUAUCCACACGAGAGUGGAGAAAAAUAAAUUACAUCUAAAAACAAGUGAUUAAGGUUAACAGUUAAAUUGGAAACCGACGCGGAGUCUCCCUCUGUGGCAGUGUGAUUGCUAGGGUGAAGCCGGUAUUUGUUCAGUGUGUUGCAGUGAUUAGUGUUACUUGAAGACCUGUCAUAAUUUCCGAGCCGAGUUCUGGAGAUCAACGAGAAGCAACCAACGCUGGAAUUGAGGUUCUGUGGAUCGUGUGGACUGUGGCUCGCAACAAGCCACGUGCAAUGGAUUUGAGCCGUCACGUGUCUGCUGCAGGAAAUGAGUAAAACUACGCAAGCUGAAGAUAAAUCUGUUUCACCGUGGAUACUUCACCCAAAAUGACAAUAAUACUGCAUCACGUGCAUCAACAGCAGCUUCGUCACCCUAACCAGAAACGAGUCUAUCCUGGGACCACUCGUUGAUAUUGAGAGAAUCGCUCUCAAGAAUCAUCACCCGAUGAGAUCUUAGUUAGUGGACGCGCGACUUGUUACUUUGUGUUCCAAUCGAACCACCCUUAAUUCCCAAAUCAUAGUUUGUAGGAUUGUUAUUGUCCGUUCUUAGUUUAUAUCGUUAGUUGACUAGUGGUUAAGUACACAUACCCAAAUGAAAAUGUUACGCAAUCUAGGCUUUCUCCUGUCGGCGCUCCUCCUGGUGCAGCGGUCAGUGGCCCAGUGUCCCUGGCAGCGGGAGGUGCCCGACCUGCAGACGUCGUGUCUAUGUGCCUAUAACCUCGGACAGGAACUGUCCGUGCAGUGUGAUCAAGUUGAUUUUCCCGUACUAGUAGAAGCCUUAGACAAAUACGCUCGGACGACGCCGCUCGAUCUGCUGUACGUCAACAACUCGACGAUCGAGAAGCUCGAGGCGGGCGUCUUUGCCAACUUGAAGCUGUACAACGUGCAGCUGAGCAGCUGUAAGAUAAGCCGGAUCGAAGAUUUCGCCUUCCGGGGCCAGGAGGACAUCCUGAAGAACCUGAACCUGCAGGACAACUUCCUCGACGACGUGCCCAUCCGGGCGUUGAAGAUUCUCAACAUUCUGAACCUGCUGGAUCUGUCGAAGAAUCGAAUCAACACCAUUCCCAACGAUGCCUUCAACGGACUGUCGAAGCUGUCGACGCUGAAGCUGAGCGAUAACAACGUUACGCUGGCUCCGUUCGCCUUCCGCGGGCUGGAGACGAGCCUGAAGAACCUCAACCUCAAGGGAACCAAGCAGAAGCGAGUUCCCGAAGCGGUUCGAGGCCUGAAGACGCUCGCCUUCCUGGACCUUUCCCAGAACGGAAUCCGGGAGCUGCCGGGUAACGCCGGCAUGCGGACCUUCGAGGGGUUGGACUCCCUGACGGCGCUCAAUCUGGAGCGCAACUUGAUCCAGACGCUCGGCGAGACCGCCUUUUCCGGUAUCCGGAAAACCCUAAGCUCCCUCAGCCUGCUGAACAACCUGCUGGCGGAGUUCCCCGUUGGUGCUAUCCACUCGCUGCGCGAGCUGCGAGUGCUGGACAUUGGUUUCAACCUGUUAACUGCCUUGCCGGAGACGGCAUUCCGCGGCAAUCCCGCCGUCACGCUGCUUGCCCUAGACGGCAACCCGCUUCCAACAGUGCCUGAGAAAGCCCUGCUGCAUCUGAACCGCACCCUGCGGGGACUCUCGCUCGGCGGACGGUUCCUGCACUGCGACUGCAAGCUGCGCUGGGUCGCCGAGUGGAUCCGGAACGGUGACUUGCAGGUCACCUCUCGCGAACGUAACCCCCAGUUCUGCGGGUCUCCGAACCGAUUCCGCGACCGCGGCUUCUACUCGAUCCAGCCGGAGGAGCUGACCUGUCCGGACGCCGAAGUCAGCAUCGAGGGCCCGGUCGGACUGGUGGAUUCGCUCCAACCCAAGACAACGACCACUACGCGAACAACGACACUUCUAACGACCUUCCCACCGAGUUCGGCCGGAGCUACGAACACUACCCUAGCGGAGGCGAGUAGCAGUACUACGGCGCUAACAACGACCACCCCGACAACGACCCCACCUUCAUCGUCUUCCUCCCAAGAAACGGUACCACCAGCUAGUCCGUCAACGACGGAUAGCACCACCACGCUUACAACCACGACUCAGUCCACCACCAAGCAGAGCACGUCGACUUCGACGACCACAACGAAGGCGGCCAGCGCUACCAAGAGCUGGCGCAACCCAAACAACAACGGGCCCGGACACAAGCAGCGACCACCGCUGGUGUUAGGCUUCCCGCCGCAACGCGGCACCCAGAUCGACGACUCGCGGGAGGUUCAGGUUAAGAAUGCCUUCAGCUCCCGCCAGGACAGCUCGGUCAUCAUCCAGUGGGACUCGGACACCGCCAACAUCCUGGGCUUCCGUGUGGUCUAUCGCCUGUUCGGCGAUAAGAGCUUCAAGCAGGGCCCGCCGCUGGAGGCGAGCGAGCGCGAGUUCAAGAUCAAGAACGUGCCCACGGCCGAGUGCAUCAUCGUGUGCGUCGUGUCGCUCGAGGAGAUCAACGUCACGCCGGACACGGUGCCGUACACGCAGUGCCGCGAGGUACGGACCGUCGCCUCACCCGCCUCCAACAUGGACAAGAUCACGAUCGCGGCCAGCGCCGCCAUCUGCGGGACGAUCAUCGUAGCUGUGGUCAUCUUCAUCACCACCAGCAGGAUUCUUUACAGGCGCCGCUCGAAGAAGAUGCAGUCGCUGUCCCACCACCAGCAGAAGAGUGCCCUCCCAAUUGCGGGCCUGCCCGUCAACUGUUGCGGCCCAACGCCUAGCCCGAACGGCCCGCUUGGAUCGCUCGCGACGCUGUCCGCGUUCAACUCGCACAAGGACUGGGACCAGGUGUCGGCGUACAGUGGUCGUUCCAUACCCCGGCCCCGCAUCUACCCCAUGGAGAACCAAGCCAUUCCGGACGAUCUGCGCAGCCACGUGUCGCACUUCUCCGCCGUCGGAGGCAAGGUCGGCAAGGCGCGUUCCAUCGCCGACGGUCAGUCCCACCACAGCUUCUCGAACCACUCCCAGCGGGGCUACCUCGGGUCGGCCUUCCCGAGCAAUCUGGUCAACUCGCGUCCAGAUGUCCGCUUGCAACUUGUCCCCACAGAGCUGCGGCAGUCGCGCCAAUCGCUGGCCGCGGCCUCCGAGCGAAUGUCGCGCGCCUCGUACGCCGGUUCGAUUGUCCACGGAGGAGGUGGCGGCGGAGGCGGACAGGCCCAAAGCAUCGCGUCGAGCACGAGGAGGACCCGGCCGAGAUCGCGCUCCCGGGACCAGCUGAACGGAGCGGGGCACGUGCACACGCACCAGCAUCGGCCCAGCAGUCGCUACUCGACCGCCGGCUCGACGCACACGCUCAACAACUACUGCGACACGUCGGACAACUGGACCGACCACGACAUGGACAUCUACAUGGCGCGCAACGCCACCGCCCGGAACGGCGGCAUGGUGCCAUUAUGAGAGUCACUGCUGGCCUCGUCCCCCUCCUGAUACUACGACGUGGUGCUCCACCAGGGCGCCGCCACCCCCCAACCACCCUUCUACCACCAACCCCACCCCCAUCACCACCAGCAGCAUCCGGGCGCCUUCUGACAGCGACUGCCGCCACCGGCAGCCCAGGAUCCGGCCUCCCUGCUAGAUCUGGAUCCCCGCCGGUGGUGCCGCUGCGAAAACGAACCCGAUGUGCUCGACGAAAACUACCAUUACUACUACCAGCAGCAGGGGCUUGAACUGCUCGAGGAGCCGCCCGACAUUGGCGAGGACGAACCACCACCGGAUUACGAGUCGGACGAAGGCGGUGGUGCCCACGGGUCGUCCACCCUGGUGGUGGAACUUAGUGGCCACUACGACGCGCCUCCGGUGGUGGGAGCGGGUGAAGGAGCAGGUGAAGGUCCCAGAGAAGAUUUGGGCGCGGCUCCGAUGACGACGACCAGCUUUGUCGAGUGGGAAAACUACCGCAAUCGGUUGAGGGAAAAUUCGCAGAGUUAGGAACAUUUUAAAGUGGGACAUUUUGCUUGAUUUGAAAGCUGUUUCUGAAAAACUUUUAACGGGACAAUUUUUUCCAAAUCUUAAAAUAAGAUCAUGAAUCAUUUAUGAACUUAUAGCCAAAAACCUAUCUUCCAACGAAACACAUCAAAUAAAUAUUUUUAUGACAUUAUUUUCAUCUUUUUUCUAGCUUCGGGCGACACCAUUCCGUCGAAGCUGGGUGCCUCCCUGGAGGAAAUGGCAUAAUUUAUCUUGUCCCGUUUCCAUGUUUUCUGUAUCCUUUUGCUCUUUCGGACAACAUAUUUUGGGCAACACCUGGCAAAUGUGCUGUUCAAUUGCCACACUCAACCGAAAGUUGUUUCGUUCAUCCUAACAUCAUCAUCGUGUCGUGUUUUUCCCUUUUUCCUCGUGGGGCAAAAUGUGUGCUUUAUAGCUUUUUAGAGCAAUUUUUAUAGUCGUUUAGAUAGCGCACCAAAAACCACACGCGCGUUCCACUUGGGCGAACAUUUUCCGAUGUCCCGAUGAUGAAUGGAUGAUCGACCGCAAAAAGGUGUUUUGCACUGGAAAUUUGUUUUUUUUCUUUAAUGAAUUCGAAAAUUCAACCGAGCGGCAAAAUAUUUUUUUUCCCAAAUGCUGAAAAUCGUCAUCAAACACCGUGUCGAAUGUCAACCCCCCCUUUGAUUUCUGCUUCCGCAACAAAUAUUGACGCCCAACUUGGAACUGCACUGGAAAUUAUUUAUUUGUGGCGCUUCAAAGCCCUAGAACAACAGUCAAAUUUCACUCGAAAGAAAAACGCAACAUCACACACACACAUAAACAUAUCAGCAAAAAUUGCAAGUUCAUCGAAACGCGACAACCGAGAAAUAGGCAACGAAAAAAAAAACGGUUCUAGGAAUUUGAAUAAAAUAAAUAAUAAAAUCGCGCAUGAACACAAAAAACAUAAAACUGUAAAUAUCGACUCACACAGAUCAUCCGCGAAAACCCGAUACAAUAAACCAACGAAAACUACUAUCAAACAAACAAACAAUAAACAGCAGCAAACCAGCAUGUUUUCAAUACUCCACGCACGUUGCAUGCAUUGACCAGAGCUAAUCAAUAAAUUAACCACGAAUCUCUCGGUCUCGUUGUCGGUUGCUGGUCCAGAGAGAAAACAAAAAAGUUGAAUGCACCAGGGAAAACAUUUACCGAUCGCGUUAUGAAUAGAAAAAAAUCGCAUUAAUUAAUCAUCCAGGGGAUGUCGAUUUAAUUUUGUAUCAGUUGCGGAAAUCUGUACACAAAAAGCUAAAAAUACACAAAGGAAAAAAAGUCGUAUGUAUCUGGUUUAAUUUAAAUAGUUUAUUAUAUUUGAAUUUGAAUAUUUUUUCAUUAAAAAAAUACAUCCUGCUUUGUUAUGACCUCUUCAACUCGACAUUAAUCAAUUUAUUCAUCAGCUUUUGACAGUUCCUUUAAUUUUUUGUUGCACAAUUUAACUGUUUGUUAUUUUUUAUUUCUUCACACAUAUUUUAUGAUAAUUUUUCAAAUGAAACACAAAAAAAAACCUAAAAAAAAACACACGGGACAGUUAUGUUUAGAGUAGAGCCAGAGAAGACUAAAAAAAAUAAUGUUUAGGAAAAUGCUUUUCGAAUUUAAACUCUUAAGACAUGUUUAUAAUUCUUACAAACGCUAACUUGUCAUUUUUGACAAAAAAAAAUGCUCAUAAAACAUGGAAAACAACUAUUAUUCGUUGUCUGUAAACUAUUCAUUACAUCAGGUUUGAUUAUUAUAGCCUCGUUUUGAGUAAUUUAAGCAAAAAAAAUGCUUAAAAAUGUGAAAUACAUUUCCUGAUGUGAAAUUACUCAAAAAAAAAAAACAGUUGCAAAGUUAACAUCGUUCUUUUCCAGUGUACCUAAAAAUUUUCAAUAAAAAUUCAAAAAAAACUGUUACGAAAAAUCGUCGCAUUAUUGUCAUUUUUAAUAUUGAUGUUGGAUUAAAAAAAAAUCUGGUUCUGACAAAACUUUAAAGCUUAAUUUGGGAAGCAUAGAUAACUUCCAUGUGGGACAAAAAUGCGUUAAAUUCCAUACUUUUAGAAUGCAGGCCACGUUGUUUAUGCACGAGCCCUAAAGAACCACUCAAAAAGUGUAAACAAACUUAGAAAAAAUCAUUUGAAAUAAGGCAAUUAAACGUUUUAAAAUGUUGUCAGUUACAUCAUAUCAAUGAAAAAUGUUAAAUUUGUUUAAAUGUACAUUCCUUAAUAUCAAAAAAAAAGAGUAAAUACUUCUACCAAAAAUUUCGGCAACAUGUUCAAAAACUCCCACGCCUAAAAAAUGCAUCUUUUUCUUAUUUUAAUUUUUUUUUUCAACGUUUUUUACCUGAAAAGAAAAUUUGUAAAAAAACAUAUUUUUUUUUAUUUAACCCUUAUUUUUUUCGGUGGAACUGGCAUGCGCUUAUUUUCUUUAAGUAAAGGGCAAUACAGUCUUUUAAUAAAUACUUCUUAUGGUUUGACAAUUUGACGAAUUUUUUAACAAAAAAGAUUUAAAAAAAGUAUUUUCUCAAUGCAAUUAAAUUGAAAUUGUGCGCAGUUGAGUUUAGUAAGAAAAUUAAAUUAAAAUCAGAUUGUAAAAUAUAAUACUAGUGAAAUGCCAUAAUGUCGAGAACAUCACAUUAACAAACAUUUCUUUAAAAAAAAAAACAUCAAAUAUAAAAAAUUUAUUAAAAUAUUUUUUUAAAUAUGAUUAAUACUUUAAAAGAUUUGUUUUUGCAUAUCCCAAAAUUUAAAAAAAAAAUUGACAGCCCAAAAAAAAAGUAAUGAGAACAAGAUAUCUUGAUGAAUUUUACUUAGUUGGAAUGAGAUAUAGAAUUUAUCAGUCUGCUUCUAAAAAUCUGAUAUUGCACAAUUUAUCUGACAGGUAUCAAAAUUAUUGAAAUAUUCUUAAAACAGAAGUAAGUUGUAUAAAUGUUUGUAAAAGCUAAAACAAAAAAAUAAAAUUGCUUUGUCAAAGAACAUGCAAUAUUUGGAAAUUAUUGAGUACUUGUAGUUUUCAUGUUAAUCAAUAAGCCAAGGAAACAAGAGAUUUUUUUUCUCUUAGCAACACAGAAAAAAAAGGAUUUUAAUAUUCAUCAGGGAAUAAUGACAGAUAUUGUGUCGAAAAAUGGUAAUAAUGCAUCAGGAACUGGUGAAUUUUUAUCGGUUUUUGGUGAAAUUUCACCAGUUCACAUUUUUACACAUUUUUAUGCAAUACAUAUAACUCAAAAAAGAAGUAAUAUUCAACUAACCAAAUGUUCAACCAUUCAAAAUUCAACAUUUUUUCUGUGAAGAUUUUUUAAUAUAAUUUUUAUCAUUUUUUCCCGGAAGAUGAAAUUCUUACACAUUAUUCGUAACAUUUAAGUUUUUUAUCAACUGCACAUUUCACGUUUUUUAAAAUACAAUCACAUUUAUGAUUUUUAAAAAGAAAAAAAUGCCUAACUAACAACACACAAACACAUCACAAGCACUUUGAUAAUAAUUAUGCACAAUACGAUUGAUGAAAAAUUAAAAAUGCGAAAACCAAACAAAAAAGUGUGCCAAUGCUUUCCGAAAAACAAAACUAAAACAACAAACUAAUUCUCACUCUAGGCUUUAACCUUUUAAAGCUCCUCCAUAGAGUGUUUGCUUAUUCGUCAUUUUCGCUUACAAUUCACUUUUUUAUUUGAAAAAACUCACAAUUUCUGCACCAACUACUAACCCCUCCCUUCCCAAACUGAUGCAUACGACGCUACCCUCAAACUACGAAAUUCCCAUCAGAAUGAUAAUUGCAGUAAAAUCAACCAAAAUCGACAGUUGAAUCCCAACUCACCAGCAACUGGCGUACGUGACGCUUGCAAACAAUUAACACUGAAACAAAUGAUCGCAAUAAAGUAGCCAGUCUUGUACACGAAUUAAAACUACACCAAUUUCCGAACCUUUUCUACAGUUAACCACCGAAGUCGACGAGGACAACUUCUGGUAGAGGAAAUAAUCUAACGAAAAAGGUCUAAAUUACUUUUAGUAAAAAAAAACUUGUUCUGUUUGUUGUUGUAACUUGUACAUAAAAGCCACACUGAUGAUACUGAUCUAGUGAUAACAGAGUAGGAAAUAUUUAACUAAAUAGUGAAGAUUAAAAAAAAUCGUGUGCUACAGUUAAACAGAAGUUUAAACACAGAAAGUUAACUCUUUGAUAGCAAUAAGUGCGUGUGUGAGUGUCUAAUACGUCAAAUAUCUAUUAGAGGUAGUACUAUUUAGCGCAAUUUAAUCCGCAUUUCUUUUUGUUUUUUCACUGGUGAUUUGGAAUAUUUUAUCACUUUGUUCGAUUUCAGUAUCCUCUUUAAAGUAUUCCGAAUUAUCACACCAGCACAUACAUUCCUAAAUAGGUGUGUCACGAUUUUUGUUUUCCUUCACAGAGUUUCGUGUUUCACUUUACCGAAUAGAGUAAGCUCGAUCUUUUCCCAGCAACCAGAAGUCAACAAACAAAUUGAAAAGUAGCUUUCGCGAAGCCAUUGGUCGAAAACCGUCGAAACGGCUGAUUCUUUGAAAAGUGACGUAAGCGCCAAAAAGCAAUUGUCGCUUACGUCACUUAGCUGAACAGGAAAAAACGGCGUAACUUUCCGUUUUUUUAUCCCAAAACCCGAAGGGUUUGCGAGUCAACUUUUUGCGUUAAUUAAAUAACACAAUGUCGCUCCCGGUAAGCUAAGUGAGAAGCUACUUUUCGUUUUCGUUUUUUCCUCGUGGAGGGCGUAGGAGCAAGUUUUCUCCACCUUUCCGGGGGACUUUUCGCGAGCAGUUUUCCCAGAGUAACAUUUACUUGUUUUCUUUUUCUCCCUCUAUCUCUGUUGACGCGAAAAGUUUUCCACUUUUCUCACUUUAGCAAAUAUUCUAAGCUAGUUUCUCUCUCUCCGCACCGGAAAAGGGAUUAAUUGAAAUGUAAACAAGUUUGAGCAAAAACAAAAAAUAAACACGCAAAUCUAAAGGGAAAAAUACACACACAAAGUUCGACAGAAACGGCGUAGCUCGUAGCGAAAAAGUGAAAGAGAGAGAAUGAGAUUUGUACAGCGAGAUAUUUUUAUAGGGUUGGAAAAGUGAGCGAAAAAGAAAACUACUUGAACAAUACUCAACAGAUAUUUGAUAGAGUUGAACUACUUAAGUAAGUGAACAAACAAGGAAUUCAAACAAAAAAGUGUACAUUAUAUCGACUAAAGCGUAACUAAUCAAAGUGAUUUUGUUGAACAAGAUAAAACAAGCAAAAAAUUAUAUAAAUAAAAUAAAUAAGUUAAAGAAAUAAAACUCUUAUAAUUUGGCAUCUAGUUUAAACAAAAAAAGAAAACGUUCUUAAUUUCUUCUUUUUCCUCUCUCUCCGCUCUAAGACUAGUGUCAGGUUUUCCACCUUGUGCAGAGAUUUUUUUUUCCUCCAACCAAAAACCAAACAAAACUCUUUCUAGUGCGUUUCGUUUACGGAAAACUUGACAUUACGGCGGAAAACGAGAAAACGAAAAAACACAGUUGAAAAGUUAACACUAAACGGCGAAUAGAAUAAGGGAAGCGAUUUAAGGGAGGGGGGGUGAAAGUGGGACCACUUUAAGGCCCCUCCCCCCUCCCAAUUUCGGGCAAGUUUGCAAACGAUUAGCGGUUAGGGAAAACAUACUACUCUUAGGAAGAACUACUAGAAUUUAGUGAUAAGGUAACGGAAAAACACACGCGAAAGUGAACCUUGUAUCAUAGUUAAGUGAAAAUGAAUAAAAAAUCAUAGAACGAGAGCUAGCAACCAAUUAUUAGGAGAGUGCGAAGAAAAAGUGUUUAAACACGGAGUGAAGUGAAGAAAAAUGUUAUUAAAAUAAAACAAGAAGUGUCUAGUUAAAAGUAGUAAUGUAACGUAACACGCAAUUUUUCUACACUUAUACAGUAUAUGAACAUAAUAAAUAUAUAUUUAUAAAGGAUGGGAACAAAAUUAAUAAAAUUAAAACAAUGUCUGUAUUAUAGUGGAACGCAAAAACGAAAUUGCAAGCCUAUCGGUAAAAGAGGAAAAAAAAGAAGACGACGAAGGAGAACAUUAGAAAAUUAUUAGUAUUUAUAUGAAAUGCAAAAAA